AUGUCAACGGAACUAUAUCUGGGAGGACCUUCAAUCUUUUGGUCACCUCGAAAAAAGAAGCGUGUUUCCGAUGUUAAAGUAGAUGAAGAACAGGUGGAGACAUUAGGAGAGUGUCCUCAGGAAGAACGAGAUCAAUUAAAUAAUCAAAGGGCAGAAGCCGAAAACUUUCCAGGUGAUCAAAAAAAGAACAAAACAUCAGAGAAAAUGAAAGAUUCUGAGGAAGAGGAUAAAUGUAGCAGUAUAUUGUUUGACGAAAAAAAUGAAGACUCCCUUAUAGAAAGUAUCGAUGAAAGUGGGUUAAUAAGUGAAAUAAAGCUACCGAUCUCAAAACCAUCUGAAAAUAUAUUUGAAUACAAACUGUCAAGUGGUGACGACUUACUAACCAUGUUUAAAAAUAUCAAAAAAGUAUCCCAAAGUGCCACUGAGUUACUACUGGAUGCAAGGAAUUUUCAGAAGGAUAUUUGGGAAUUAUCACAAGAUUUUUCAAAUACUAUUUCUUGGGAUCCAAAGUCGGCACCGAAUUAUCUUCAAGAAUAUUUCAAUAAGAACUGUGAAGAAAGUCAUCAAAUAAAGAAUAUAAAGAAACUUCAUAUGAACAUUCAAUUCAUAAAAGAGAAUAUGUACUCGCUUAAUGAUUCCAUGACCGAGGAAGAAUUGAAAAUGAUUUCUAUCUUUCCACUUUUUUGCUCUAUUCUUCAACUAAAUGUAGUUAAAAAUGCAUGGGGUGAAAUUCAGGGAACGCUAAAAAAUACUCCAAAUAAAUUCAAAGCUCUUUUCAGCGAAGUGUCUGGUGGUAUAACAUCGCUAGGCAUUUCUUCUUCAUCCC